CAUUUCAUCACAGCAUGUCCAUUGUUUUUACCUCAAAGACGCAUCCUUUACCAAAAAGUAUCGCAAACACUCCAUACUAACUUUCAUGAAUACCAAACUAAUAAAAAAUUGGAAAUCCUUCUUCAUGGCACCAACCUAAAUAGUGGCGACGGCCGGGCGGUGGCUCAACACUUCCAAACGUUCUUACUUAAUUCUGGGCGCUUUACAAUCCCAACACUCUGACUACUUAAUUACGAGGCGGGAUGGGCGUGUCUCGGUGGGGUGGCGUCGGCAACGGGGCUCUCUGGACAACCUGUAAUGCGCGACGCGUUCGGCUUGGUGGCGGCGACCGGCGAUUUAGUUUGUUUGAAUCCAUUUUAAGUUCUUGUAUAUGUGUGUAUGUGUUUAUUUGCUUGUAUGUUCUUUAACAGAGCUGGUGCCUCGAAUUAAGCACUUUCGAGUGCUUUUGCACCAGUUCUUACUUAUCUUGAUUUUGUGUAUUCUUUUGUUUCUUAAUAAACGUGAUGAUGAUGAUGAUGAUGACGUGGAUGUUGCUAAAUUAACAAAUAUGAAGUAGCUGUCGAUCUUGCCAGGUUGCAUUCACGGGGAUAAUUAACUGGAGGGAUUUUCAUUUUCAUUCAAAACGGACCCGUCCGAGAAUUUCUGGCUGUCUGAUAGCGCCAGCGCAUCGCCGCCGGUCGUUCAGAUUGGUAGGUUGGUCCUCCAGCCCUCCAUAUAUCUCAUCCCAAACCACUACCGGACAUCAUUGAGAGAGACAUGCCGCGAUCGAGUGCGGUCUUCAGCACCGUCCGGUCUGUACCGCGGUCGGGCCGUGGCCGGGCGUCCACCGGACGGUCCAAUCUGCCGUUUGAUCCGCCAUCCCACUUCUAGCGGAAGGCGGUCCCGGCCUCGGCGAGGGCGGAGUCUUCGGACCGCGGACCGGCCUGGAACCGGCCCGUCUCUCCUCUGCUGCCGCCGGCACCGGGUCAGCGGGACACCGGCGGCGCCGACAGCGGCGGCAGUGACGUCCGGCGGCCCCCGGUGUUCAGAGGGGCACUCACAGCCGACCCGCAGUCACCAGGGGCGCCACUCACUCGCCGCUCGAGCUGCCAGACGCCCGGCUGGUACGGCGAGCAGGGUGUACAGCAAGGGUGGAUCUUUUCCCCCACGACAAUCACACGCCGAGAAGUGCUAGCGAACAGUGUCGGACCGCGCGAGUGGAUAGGCGGAGGGGUUGAGAAGCUGAAGCCACAUACAGGUGCGCAGAGUUCCGCUCAGGCGUGUAGUGAACAGCGGUGCCAACUGACCGAUUACUGCCAAGGACUGUCUGAGCUCACGCAAUUGCUGAGGGUCAUCUGAUCAACUAGGAGGCACUGAUGACUGCCUGAGCGACUCAAGCUCGAGUCACCAGCCUGAGAGCCGACCUACGUCCAAUUCUACAGCGUGGACGGCCUCGGCCAGUGCUAUUCGCUGUGUGUAAGUGCGUGAGUAGAUUGGGUGAUAUCCUACUGCUGGCUGCAACACCUACGACAUAGGCCCUCGGGGUCCGAAAAUAUCCUACGAGUGACGAAAAACGACAAACAACCCACAACAAACGACGAGCAGCAAACGACAAACGACAAACGCGUGACGAUGGACUUACGGACUGUGCAACGAUUAAUGGUGACGCUUCUUCUACUCCUGGCUGUUCCUCCGACGGCCUACGGACAGCGUACCCUGCUGGCGCGAUUCUUCAACCGGGUCUACAGCAUGUUCUCCAACCUGAUUGGCGGCGAGCGGCUGUGUCCGGCCGGCGGAGGGCUGAUUGACCUGGCCACACUGAUCCCGUGCGGGGCCGAGCUGGCGGACUGUCCAGCCAACCUGGCCUGCCAGAGGGUCACAACACUCUGCAGGAACACCCUCAUCGAGGUCACGACGUCCGUGUGUAUGCCCGUCCGUCGACGCGGUCUCCGGUGCGACACCCAUAGUGAGUGUGCCACCGGCUACUGCCAGCCCGGCACCGGCACGUGUGAGUUCCAGUCCUGCCGGCCGGGCGAGCUCUCCGUGCGGCUCGACAGCAGUUGCUACCGCUUCCAGAUGGACACCGGACUGAGCUCGUACGCCGCCGCGCGCCGCCAGUGCCGCUCCAGCGAGCGGGGGCUCGGAAGGCUCGUGAGCAUCAACAGCGCCGCCGAACAGGAGGCCGUGCGCUGGCUGCUGGCGCGCGCUCUGGUCACCGGCAUAGCUAGCCGGCCCGUCUACCUGGGCCUGUCGGACGCGCGCCGCGAGGGCCGCUUCGAGUGGCAGGACGGCUCGCCGCUGCUCUUCUCGGCGUGGCGAGGAGGAACGCCCGUCACGGCCGGUAACACCGCUGACCGCGACUGUGCCGCCAUGGACCCCACAGACGGCACAUGGGCGGCCACCGACUGCGCCGCCUCGCGCGCCGCUGUCUGUGUUACCCCGCUCGAUCGGGUCUCUCGGCUGGCCUCUAGUGACGCGUUCAACGCCGCGCUGAACGGCCUCCUGCCCAGUGACUUCCUGGGCAACGGGUUUACCCUGUGAUCGCCAGCGAAGGACGAUAGACAAGGGUUCACUCUGUAACUCUUCGAUCUAGGGCGAUGAACAAUGGGUUUUCCGUGUGAUCGCCGACGAAAGGACAGCAGAUAAAGGGUUCAGUGUCUCGCCGAUGUGGAACAAUGGACAACGUGUUGCCGCUGUGUCGGACGGCGGUAGACAGUGGGUGGUAUUGUAGCUUGCGGUGUGCAAAGGACAUAGACCGACGUCCGACGAAAGGCCGUGGAUGUAAGCGGUGGCGCCACCUGUGUCAGGCCACGGCCAAGACGGACAAACGCGCUGGUCAUCGUUCGUGCCAGUAAUUGGGACCUGAUACGGGUCGGUACGGCUGGAGACCCACAUAUAUGAGGCGAGCUUUGCUGAGUGAGAUUAUAGAGUAGAUCAUGGUAAAACCGCAUGAUGAUGUGUCAUGACAGAACAGCAUUUGCGCGUCGCAAGCUCAAAUGAGAUUGAUUAUACUUAAUGACUGCAGCAACUUCCGCUGAUCAGCGCUCCUCUUAUUGGAAUUAGUUCACUUAGCUAAGGCAUUGUCCGUAACGUACGGCUUUCGUCUUACAGCAUGACGUUUCCCACCCCGUAAAAUAUCGUCGCUCGACUGGUAUAACGUCAUACAACCGGUGCACAUGUGUGCUCUCCGGACAGACAUGUGCUGCUAUUGUGAGUCGUAUGACAGCCCGCCCACGUACUCCCCCCCCCCCCCUCUUCCCCGCACCACAUCGACGCGAGACACUAAGGUCACAGGUGGCACCGAGUUACUGUCUGGCCCCAGGAGGAACUGCUAUAUCUGUACUUACAAUACGGUGCCAUUUGGGAAUGCACCAAAAGAAAUAUGGAAAUAUGGAUGGGUGGUAAAUGUUCACACUUGACCGCGAUGCGGACUGGUCACGUCCAAGAUGCCAACAGACGCUCAAAACUUGUCCGGGGAAAGUUGGUAAACGGGUUAUUUCCGUAUCGGCCGGGUGAACUUUAGGCGCACGGACUUCGCUGCCAGUGAAGACUGUUGAAUGUGUUCAGAGACCCAUUAGUCGCUCUAGUUGAACGCCUAGGGUCUGUAUUGUAUAGGAAGUGUGGUUAAAUGUUUAAUUUAAGAUAUUGUAUAUGCUAAACGGUAUGUCAGAUAUUAUCCGUGAGUGUUGUUAUACUCCACUUCGCUGCCCCAAGGUAGGCACAUCAUUCACACCUCCAUAAAUAACGCGGUUUCGCAGAGGCCAACCGCCCCUCACUCACGUGUGCUUUAGAUUACCGCCGUGUAGCCUGAAGCGCUGGUAUCUGCUGGAGCUGCCACACCGGUAGAGCCUCUCUGAACCGUUCGUGUCCGGUUACAGACACCGCUCACAGAGCCGAGAGUGACAACCCGGCCCGCCAGCCAGCGCUGCGAGAGGCGAUUUACAGAAUGAUGGUCCGACCUGUCAUUGUGGCGUGUGUGAGCGGCGCAGAGGAGAAUCGUUCGUCAGUGAGAUAUGGACUGCUGUUUCCGAAAAUAGAGCCGAGCCGUCACCGACUUGUCAUGUUUCCACUGGUCUGAACGGAAGAGAUGAUGGAUGA